AUGGCGAAAUUAUCCGCACCAGCCUCUAAUUCGAAACCCGCAUCACCUCACAAGGGCUCAGAUGGACAUGGAAGUCAAUCCACGGCGCUUGAAGCUGUAGGCAGCCGUCCACGACGCGCGCAACGGCGUCCUACGAAAGAAACGUCGUAUGAACUCACGAAUCAUGCCAAGGCGUAUCUCGAGGGCGGUCAAUAUGUCAGCGGGUACGAUUUUCUGUAUAGCCUCCUCGCCGUGGGUACCAGCAUUUCUACUCCCGCCCAACCGUAUAUGGGAUGCCUCGCACCGCCCGCCUACAUCGCCUUUGCCUCAUCUCUUAUCGCUGAUCCGAAAUUUACGACGAAGGCGGAGUCACAAGACGAACAGAAAGGUCCCAAUUCCGCCCUGAGGUACCUACAAUGCGUCUGUGCCACAAUAGACGGCCCUGCGUAUCCCACAAUACGAGAAGCAUUUGCCUUUCCCGAGGAACGUACUAGAAGACGCGCUCCGGGAUAUAGAGGUGCAGGUAUUCAUUCUCCUGGCGAUAACAGCGAUGUGGAUCGCAUAGUAGGUGAAGCUGCCAAUGAAAAGAGUCUUUGGUAUCUGGCAGACGACUUUUGGCAUAUUGUUGGAUGGGCGUUCAACUGUUCAGUAGCACACAAGAAACGGUGGAGUCGAUGGAAGCUAUGGCUGUCCAACAUGCUGGAAUUUAUCGACGCCGACUGGCAAGUCUGCGUCAGGCAGAGCAAGACUGAAGAUGGCAAUGACGAUGCAGUACUUCAACAGAGUCUCCUAUGGUACUAUGUUGUCGGCGAUGAAUCCGUCCCUACGAAUCGCACAAGACGACGACGAAUAGUAAAGGCCAUACUCGCCACGGCGACACCAGAAUCCCUCAAAGAAUACCCAGAGAUUUGGCAAAGAGAGACGGCCGAGCAUAACAAGAAGAACGACAAUAAGCGCGUGGGUAAAGUCAGUUUUGAGACUGGCGAGACGGCGGAUUACAAUAGCGACGAAGAGAUGCAAGAUGCCCCAGACGUCGACGACGGCGAAGGUGCGUCAGAUACGCCUUUGGAUGACGAUGAGAUGGAGAACAUACACGAGGCAGUGGGGCAGUUGGGCGGACACGACGCGAUUGAAUUGCGACAUCGUCUCAUAGCAAUACUCGCCCAAAUAGCCCAGGCCCUGCCAAAACACUUCACGCCUCUAUUCGAUCUGUGCGACAACCUAUUGGAAGACUUCAAUGCGCUACCCACAAUCACGUUCCAGGUAUUGCUGUCAACCAUGAAGAUGCCGGACACCGUCCAAAUAGCCUUCCUCGCCAAUCUUCUCAAUCCCAUGAUAACAGGAAAGCCGCCCAAUCUCUUCUUAGUCGAACCGACACAGGAACAUUUUGAGGAAAAACUUCUUUCGCUCAAGGCGACAACACAGAGUUUCGCUACAAACGCCAAGAUAUCACUCAUUUUAGAGCAAAUGGUCAUGCACAUGAUGUCACGAGACGCCCUCGUGCCCACUCCCCCCUUGCGCAAAGCCAUGGAAACCGGGAUAAAAGCACGAGAAAGCGUACAUGGCAUCAAGAGGGGAAACGCAGGCGAAGAGGAGCAGGCCAACGUGUUGAUGCAAGCGUGCUCCGAGAGAUUGUUGGGUCUAAUGGAGAUCUUGGAAAUGACAAAGGGUCAGAUGUCAAAAUCUACAAAGGGAAAGAGUAGAGUUGAUGUCAAGGAAGCAGCGUUGCUGUCUUUUGGUUCUGGGUCGUCGCUUUCGCCUGCUCCGAAUAGCGAGUCGGAGCCGGAAGACUGA